CAUGCAUUGCAAUUGUUAUAGCCAUCUUGUCGAGAGGUGAAUUUUUUAGAUUUUCUUUUUCCGUCUGCCAGUUAGUUAGCCAUAAACUUUAAUCUCUAACAAAUUUUAAAUAGUUCUGUAACGCAUAGCAAUCUCUUUAAUCGCCGAGCGUGGUGACAUACCAGCCCGCGUCCGAAAGCGCUUUACAGGAUGUGUUUCAUACUUAUUUGUAGGUAGAGAAGUGAGAGGCAGCAGGGGGAGUGAACGCAGCCGAAUCUACGACUGCGGGCCUAAAACACACCGCACCGCCUGUUUGUGCCCCAACCGAGCUCUGUUGACCAGCACAUGAGGAUACGUUACUAAUCGGCAAGUCGUUUUUUGUACGCGGCUCGUGGACAGUUGUUUUUGUCCGCUGCUGACGCCUCGAAAAUGCAACAGGAGAGAAGAGGAAGACGGGUGACGUACAAUCAUCAGGCGAAACUGUGAAAUUUGGGUCCGGUACCUUACUAAUCUGCUGUUUUGUGAAGUAUACGGAUAGUUCACCAAGUCUUUACGGAGUCAUAAACGGCUCGCAAGCAUGUCUAAAAUGCCGGCGAAAAAGAAGAGUUGUUUUCAGAUCACGAGUGUGACUCAGGCUCAAGUCGCGGCCAACAGCGCAACCGACGACACCGAGAGCCUGGACGACCCGGAUGAGUCCCGGACUGAGGAAUUGUCUUCCGAGAUAUUUGACAUGUCCAGGACUGACUAUGAGACCGAGGUGUCUGCCAGGAGCUCAUCUGAGGAGACCCUAAACAACGGGGGCGAGCAAGAGGGACAGUUGCCCGCUGUUGCCCCGCUUAACGGGGGAUUUGUUCAUCGUAAGAGCGCAGGAAGCGUUCAGACAUCCGGUGCUCAACAGGCUGGCACAGUGAGUACAACUCAACCGGCACAAGUCACAAAUUCAUCCAGCGCGACUACUAUAGCCAGCUGCACCUCACGCUUCAGGGUCAUUAAACUUGACCAUGGCACCGGAGAGCCCUUCAGGAGGGGUCGGUGGACCUGCACAGAGUAUUACGAAAAAGAUUCGGACGGCUCUGUGAUGAACAGGACUGCGGAUAGUAUAAGGCACACGAAUGUGACUGAGCCUGGAGCUGAUAGAGACAGUGGACUCGGAGCUACGGUUAGCUCCGUCAUGGCUCAGGUGGGAAUGUCCGGUCAGGGUCCUGAAGCAAACUAUGAUGGCUCGCAUUUAACAAGUCCACAGUAUUCAGCUGAACCUCAGCAGUCACAUAGCUUCACCGUUGGCCCUCAGCAAAUUGUGUCAGGGUCUCCAGAGUCCUUUAGUAAUAAGUCAGUGCCUGUGCCUGUUCAACAGCAGGUGCAGGGCAGCUCUCACGUGACUGUCCCUCAGAGUCUUCAGCCCCCUGUUCAUGAUGGCUCUCACAUUCAGAAAUCUCCCAGCAUGCCUCUGCCUCAAGUGCACACGCUGCUUUAUCAACCCCAGCAGCAGCAGCAACUACCCAUAGGACAUCACCUUCAAACCCAGCCUUCUUUGAUAUCCACCAGCCAGCCUGGUCAGCAGCAAAUACCCAUUUCAAUCACUCAGACCCAUCCCGGAGCCGUUCUUUCUGUUGGGCAAGCUGUCAAUCAGGGGCCAUUGCCUGUCCAAACCCCAGUCAAUGGAGGAAUGCAGGUUUUGGGGGUAGAAAUGACAGGUGUUCCAUUAGGGAGCCAAUCAGUGUCAUCUGUGCCAAACAUGGUGCAGCAUCCUGGCGUGGGACUGAUGAGCAACACUGCACCCGUGGCAUCCGGACCCUCAAUUCAGCAGCAACCAAUGGGGCAAUACCAAGCCCAGGGAGUAAUGCAUGGCUUGCCUACAGCCCCUCAAAGUACCCAGAAUGAUGUGCCCACGAUACCAUUGACAGUGCCGGUAACAAGUGUACCCCCUGCUGUGCCAGGAAGCGCUCCUGCUGGGGUAACGAUACCCAACCUUAAUACCUCUGUGCACAACCAGCCAUCCCAGGUGCCUCGCAAUGGAACGGCGGUGGGCAUGAGCACCCCAGGCCGGAGGUUGUCUGAUGCUUCUGCACAGAUUCCUGCUGUUCAGACUAAAGACAUGGUGAAGCAGUCAAUCACAGAAAGCCUGCAGCUGCCCAACCCAGCUGUAAACAGUCUUUUUGGUAUACCCAUUUCCAUUGAUGGGGAUGAUGACAGGAAUCCAUCCACAGCUUUCUUUCAAGCCUUCCAGUCUGGCAGUAGGCUGAAGGAUUCAAAGAUGACCUGUGAUAGUGCCUCUGGGGGGAGCAUGGUCGCCAUUGACAACAAAAUAGAGCAAGCAAUGGAUUUAGUAAAAAGCCAUUUGAUGUACGCUGUGCGGGAGGAAGUGGAGGUGUUGAAGGAGCAGAUAAAGGAGCUCUAUGAGAGAAACUCUGUGCUGGAGCGAGAAAACCUUGUGCUCAAAUCUUUAGCCAACAACGACCAACUUUCCCAGCUCUCCGUCCCGACAACCUCCAACCCCACCAACGCUCCCUCCCAGCUUGGGUCAAACCCGGCCCAGGCUCCACCUUCCCUGUCCCAACCUCAGCCUUACCUUCAGCUGGAUGUCAACAAUUCAAUGGAGUCCGUACCACGACAACCGCAACCCAACGUUACCUCUGCUUGAAGCGCAUCAUUCUUCUUCUUCAGCAAAUCCUUAUAUCAUUAUUACAACAGCAGAAGGUGUGUGUCUUGUUCACGACCUGGGGUGUGCUUCAGCAAGCGUGCAUGCUGUCAGCGGACAGAUGACCGCGAGGAGGUGUUUCCUGCUCGGGCACAAUGCAAGCACGCCUUGCGGGUCCCGCAUGGUCCCGUCUCCCCGGACAAGGUGGAAAGAGACCGAUCCAGAACGACAGAGUUAUUUUUUUAAUAAAGAAAAUCCAGCCAUGAAAGAGGUGUAUUUUUAGCAUCGCAGUUUUCAUGAUGUAAGAACAGAUAUAGUCUAUUUUCAGAGCCACCAAACUUCACAAGAUGAUUUUGAUUCACCCGUCAAGUUGAAUUGUACUGUUUGUUAUUUAUUAUAGGGCUGCUAUUUUCAGAAAGGAACAAUGUCACAGAAACUGAUGGGAUAGAGAGGAAGCUUUUCAAUUACUCAAUCUGACAAUAAUUGGUCAUAAAACUGAGCGGCAGUCUACAAUCUAAAUCAAUGCAACAAACAACAAAGUAGCAGUGGUUAGACUUCAAACACUAAAAGCAAAGUUUCUCAGCAGUUUAAGAAUGUGAAGAGGUUAAGACCUGGUCUGAAUGUACAUUUUGUAUAAAUGUGUAAAGUAUAAAAAGAGCUUAAGUUUGUACAGGUUUGUGGGAAAAGAUCUUAACUGAAUCCUCAUUGAUCUACCCUGAUGAAGAAAACUUCAGUUCUGUUGCUAGUAUGUUGGGGGAAAAAAGAAGUCAGUUGCCAUAUUCUCCUACCCCCUACCCUGACGUCUUAUGUUUUUGGGGUCGGGAAGGGGAUUUAAAAAGAAAAAACUGUGAAAUUGUUCAACCUACUUUGUAACCAAAGAUGCAAAGCUGUGUAAUUCAUUUUUCGUUAUGCACACUCUUAUGUAUUGUUUUUUUUUUUAAAUGUUCUUCACAACAAAACUCUUUUGUUGCUUUUAGGCAUGUUCUGCAUGAUCUGUCAUCUGUAAAUGUCAAACCACUUUCUUACCUCAUAUUUGUAUUGGGCACUCAUAUUGUAAGUAGUCUGUGAACAGUGUCAGUGGGGUCUGGAGAUAUGGAGAUGACGGUAAGGAGAAAAAAACAAACUAGUGUACAAGAUGCACUAGCCACAGAAAAUGAAGUGAGCCAUGUUUUGUUCAUUUAAAAAUGGUGUUUGAAUUUCAUAUGCCAAUAGUUUUGUUACAUUGCAAAUUUUUAAUGUAUUUAAAUAAAUGCAAUAUUCAAAUUA